CUCAAAAGGGGCGCAUUUGCUAGAUUUUCACUGGAAAAAUCACUCUUUUUCCCUACACAUUGUGUUAAAUUCAGUUAAAAAAGAUACUCAAGUGUCUGAGGAAUGUGAUUGAGAUGUUUUCGCGAUGAUUAUAUGCGUGAGAAGAGUGCCAUUAUAGUGUUGAGGACGUGUGGGGUGUGAGUGUGGGGAUAAGUGGUGUUUGCUGAAGAAUUUCACGUCUUACUCGGAGGAAGAUGAGCUUCCGGCCACCGUGGAAAAACCAAGAGCAGCAGAAUGCUGCGUGGGUGCACCAGGGCGGUUUCAGGAACAAGCAAUUCCAUAGACGUGGUGGAAGUGGGUCAGGCGGCCCGAGAGAUCCUGACAGAAGAUCUCCCUGGGCGGGGAAACAGGAGACAAAUCGCAUCCCAUCCCUAUUAGAUCUGCCACCUGCUGUGCCUCUGCCAGGUAUUGUGGCCAGGAAUCAGGGUCAGCAAAGCAUCUGGGAACAACCGCCGCCUGUGUUCGAGGCGAACAGUCCGCAGCAGAAUAGGCAAUUCAAUACUCCAGAUAGUCAGAUUGGACCACAGCCCGUUCCCGCGCCCGCCUUGUUGCCUCCGCCACCGGUGCCUCUCUCUCUACUGCUGCAAGGUGAAAUCUGGGACGUGAACAACGGCCAGACGCGUGGAAAUGCUCCAGUUUCAACUCCAUCUCAAGGCACUUGUGAAUCUCAAGCCAAUCAGGAGGAGCCUGAGAGGAAGCCAAGAAGUGACGAUCUUAUAGACUCACUAAACAGAUAUCACGAAGAGUUCCGGGCAUCGAAGUAUGGACACAACAGCAGCGAGAAUAUCCAGCCGCAGAACGCGACAGUGCCUCAGAAAGACAACAAGUUGGACAGUGUGACGCAGAAGCUGCUGAAUCGCGUGACAUUGAUGGAGAAGCACAACAUCAAGCAGGUGAUCAAUGAUCCAGAGCCCAAGUACGAGUCGGCGCUGAAGAAGCGCGCCACUCAGCUGAUCAGGGCGAACGUGAGACAACGUCUGAGGCACUUUAGCGUAGAGGAGCGCGCAGAGUCGGAAAGUGAGUUCCGAGACAUCGAGCCGGAUUUGUUUGUGGACUCAGACAAGAUGCCCGAAGCGGUGUUCAAUGAGAUCAAGAGUAUGAUUGGCUUGGAGGCGAACAAUGAUGAGUCUAAUAGUUUAUUUCUGGACUUUGACAAGGCGAUAGAGGAGAAUAUGGUACAGCUGGAGACCUUUGAUGCUUCUACAGAAAAUCUGACUGAGACCAUUGUUGUCCAAGAAGAAGCAAUCAAGGAGAAUGUCACGCUGAGUCGUGUGAAUAGGGAAUCCACGGAAAUCCUGGGCGAUGCCAAUACACUGGACAGUGUGAUGAAUGAAGCGGUGGAUGCGAAUGCUCUGAGUCCGUUGAUGGUUCAGAAUGAUGAUGAUCACAAUAUAAGAGCAUUUGCGGACAAUGGUAUUGCAAUCUGCACGCCUGGUGAGGAUUUGCUAAAGGAGGACAAGGCACAGACGAAUCUUCUCAAUAACAUCUCCUCAAAUAACACAAACGAGGCAAUGUCAAAGGAGCUGCAGAGCUAUAAGAUACCCAAGAGGCAGAGAUAUCCGGACAACAGACAUUCUCGGCGCGAUGACAGGCGCUUCACGGGCAGAAGAAGCUAUGAUCCCAAAGGACACCGAUAUGAUAGACACGAGAGAGGUCGCAGCAGAUCCAGAGGAUCUGGUAGUCAUGAGAGGGACAAUUCGAGGUCAUACAGAGAGAAUUUUGCCGACAGACACCCAGGAAGACCGUCGGAAAUGGAGAAGAAGCCUCCGGAGCCUGAAAGAAAAUCUUGGGAGCAGGAUAAAAGACCGCCAGAGCCUGAAAUGAACAGGAAACCUCCGCCUGGUGGAAGCAGGCCACCGGAGGAGAAUAGGAAGAGGCCCAAUCCCAACCAGCCGAACCAGAUGGGGGCGAAGAGGAAGAGAAUGGACAAGAGCAACGCUGACGCGCCUCAGCGCCAGUGGCUGUCGCCUGGGGAGAAAAAGUGCCUCCCGAUGCAGUACAAAAACAAGUGUGUCCAAACGCAAUACCAACCAACAACGCCCACGAAGAGCCUUGCCGAACGCGAACUGAAGAUCUUCCACGAGAUGAAGCAGAUUGACAUCAGCCUGAUGGAGAUGCAGCGCAAGAAGAUUGAGAUUGAUGAGCAGAUUCAGAAAUUGCAGAGCGAACUGAUGAGCAUUGAGAUGCAAUCGAUGAAGCUGCAGAACACGCGAUUUGAUCUGGUGAAUAGGAUUCUCUCGAUUCCAGUUGGGCAUGUGGAUGCGCUGAUUGAGUCAGAUGUCGAGCUGACACCAGUGAAGAAGCCGAAGAAUGUGAGGUUCGAGGAGAAGAAGUUGCCGAUGGGAAGUGCGGCGCCGAAGUCAGUGAAAGUAGCGAAUAUGGUGAAUAAUUUAGCCGAGAAGUAUCCCGAAACUGCGGAAGUGACGAAAAAGAAGAAGAAACCGCCGAAACCGAAGAAAAUGCAGCCAAGUGUUGAGGAGAGUCAAGUGAAGACGCCAAAGAUAGAGGCGCCGAAGCCAAAUCAAAAGAUUGAGGCGCCGAAGCUAAAUCAAAAGAUUGAGGUGCCGAAGCCAAGUCAAAAGAUUGAGGCACAAAAGCCCAAUCCUCAAGAUCGUGAUGAUUCUAAACCGAAGGAGAAGAAGCCCAUGAAGGGAGUGAAGGUGAAGAUUGGGCCUGCGAAGAAGAAAUCUCCCGUGCCUGUGGCGAAAGUGCCAGAAGAGCCACAGAAAGUCGCCACGCCAGAACCUCCAGUCGCUUCAGCUCAGGAUUUAUCGAAGGUCCUGAAGGAGUGCUCAGUGCAGGUGCUGAGAUACACGCAAGACAUGAUUGAUGAGGCCACUCAUCCAGUGGAGGGAACCAAAGAAACUAGAGUCGGAGAUCAGCCUUCGGAUUUAGCGAUAAAUUGGAAGGAUUCUGUGGAAUUCACAGUGAAAUCCCAGAUUCUCCGCAUGGAAGUGGCGAAAGGAUACAUUUUUGCGAUAGCGGAAAGCGAUCCGAGCCUUUAUCGGUUUUCUUGGGAUGGCGAAAAGCAAAUGAAGAGUGUUCAACUUCACGAGAAGAACAUCAGUUCCUUUGCGUGUCACAAUGAACUGGCGUUCACCGUCUCGUCUGAUGGAUUUGUGCGGAAAACCGACUGCGAGGAAUUCAAGGGCUCAAUUGGGGAGUUUUACUGUGGAAGCGCGCUGGAGAGCAUCACGAGUGCGCCUUGGGGACAAUUGUACAUCGUGCGCCAUGACAGGAAAAUCCUCGUAUUUGAUUCAACGAAUUUGGAGGACAAUCAGGAGCUGAACUGCGAUACGGAGGGCGAGAUUAUUGGCCUGGUGAGUGGCGAGGUGGACGGCCAGAGGAUCCUGGCAGUGGCCGAAGAAGGAAGUGAAUUGUCGAUCAGGAAAGCCGAAUCUGGAGAGUUAAUCAAAAAAGUUCACCUGGAAUGGACCAUUGAUCACUUCAGUGGCCACAGUCAAAUGAUUCACUGUGGUGUCAAUGGGACAGACUUGGUCCAUUGCAGAAUCAUGACUGGAGAAGAGACAUCAAGGUGCAAUAUAAAACAGAAAGUGAUUGAUGUCAAGCGACUGUCGAAGUUGAUUUUAAUUUUGUGUGAAAAUGGGACGGUUUCCGUGUGGAAUUGUGAGGAAAAUGAAAUGAUUGGCGUUCUGAAGGGGCCAGAAGAUGGAAUAAAAGGUUUCGAUGUGGCAAACAAUAAGAUAUUUAUUGUCAGCUCCGGAGGCAUGUUCUGGUCAAGUGAACUUCCUGAGAGAUUGCUUACCGACUUCACAAACAGAUCAAAUCAUGAUAAAAUAAGAGGGAAUUCUAAAGAGAACUCAGAAGAUGUAUAGAGAAAAUUAUAUGAAAUAGAAUAACAAGAGAUGUACGCUAAAAUUGAAGUAUAUUGAUUAAUAUAAAUUCUGUAUUUAAUUAACAUUUAUCAUAGGCAGAACAAAUUUACAAAAUACUUUUGAAUAAAGAAUAGAAAUGAGAGUCCAAAGCGGUUAUUU